AUAUCCACAGACUACUUCAUUCUCACUUGUGGAAGCUUUGGAAAAGAACAAAAAGAAAAUGUAUAGCAAAUUAGUCCUUCCUGGCUUUAUUAAGGCCACCAUAGGAAGAAAAAGUUUCACAAGAGAAACACUAGUGCAUGAGUCCAGUAAGAGUAACCGGUGUGCCAUUUUCCCAGCCAGUAGUGUCAGCUUGGUAGCCAAAACUCUAGUUCAAAAGCCCAGAAAAAGUGUUAGUAAAGAUGGCACUCUUAUUCGAGAGUCCGGGAAGAGUAACAAGUGUGUGAUUUUCUCAGCCAACAAUAAUAAUGUCAGCUUGGUAGCCAAAAGUUUGGAAAGAAAAGACCAUGAUUGGUUUGUUCAGUCAACAGUUCCAAGUGAUUUGAUCAUCCAAGUUGGUGAUUCAAGCUUUCAUUUGCACAAGCUCCCUGUGGUCUCAAGAAGUGGAUAUUUGAAUAAAGUGAUUUUUGAUAGAAGUAAUAAUAAUGGGGCCAGAGACAAAAGCCUCAAGAUACCCAUAGGCAUAGACAAUCUUCCAGGAGGAGCCAAAACUUUUGAGUUAGUCGUAAAGUUUUGUUAUGGGUGGGAAGUUGAUAUUACAUGUGCCAAUAUUGCUCCCCUAUAUUGUGCUGCCCAGUUCUUGGAUAUGAGUGAUGAUCUUGAACAAGGCAACCUCAUAUCCAAAACUGAGGCAUUUCUAAGCUUUUCGAUAUUUUCGUCAUGGAAAGACACCUUUAUAAUUUUGAAAAGCUGUGAAAAUCUUUCUUCGUUGGCCAAAGAGCUGCAAAUUGUUAAGAGAUGCUCAGAGUCCAUUGCUUUGAAGGCCUGCACAAACCUUAAAGACUUAAGUUCUGGAGAAGAUGGUCCGCAUUGCUUUCAUCAUCUUCCAAUAUUAAAACUUGAGAAUAAGGAAGUUGACCAUUGGUGGUUUGAAGAUGUCUCUUCACUUAGAAUAGAUCAUUUCAUUGAGGUAAUUCAGUCCAUAAAAAGUAAAGGGAUGAAGCCAAAGCUUGUUGGAUCAUGUAUAGCUCACUGGACCACUAAAUGGCUCUCCAGUAGUGUCAAUCUCAGUGAGCUUGAUGACACUACGUACCCCAAUCCCAAAAACAUGACUACUUAUCAUUUACAAAGAGUCACAAUAGAGUGUCUGAUUAGAGUACUUCCAACUGAGGAAAACUCAGUUUCUUGUAACUUUCUACUUCACCUUCUUAAGGCAGGUUUGGCAUUGCAGAUCAGCUCGGAGUUGUUGAAAAUGCUCGAACGACGAAUAGCGCCUUUGUUGGAGCUCUGUCGCGCUCCAGAUCUUCUGGUUAAGAACUAUGGAGACAGUGACAAUAAUAAUAAUGUCCAUGAUGUUGGCAUUGUUAAUAAGGUGGUGGAAGCUUAUGCUUCUCUUCAUCAGAUCAAUCGCAAGAAGAAAAUACUAGUAGUUGGGAGGUUAGUGGAUGACUAUCUUACACUAGUAGCAAGAGAAGAGAAACUUCAUGUCAAGAGUUUCCAGUCACUUGUGGAAGCUUUGCCAAAAGAAGCUCGGUUUUGUGAUGACAAUCUCUAUAGAGCCACUGACUUGUAUCUCAAGGCACAUCCUGGGUUAACAGAAGAUGAAAGAACAAGUUUAUGCAGAUUCUUGGAAUACCAUAGAUUAUCACAAGAUGUUCGAGAACAAGUUAUUAAGAACAACCGUUUGCCACUGAAAAUUGCAACUAGAUUUAUGCUUCUAGAGCAAGUGAGCAUGACAAGGUCAAUGGCAAGUAGUAAUAAUAAUACUACUAUCAAGACUCAUGCAUUUGUUAGAGCAAAUAAUCGAAGCUUGGGGAAAGAGAAAUGUUGGAAGAAUUGCCAAAAGGAAAUAAGAAAAAUGACCAAAGAUUUGGAGACCAUGAAUGCACAACUCAAUGAUCUUCAAGUCUGUAAAUUAAAGAUUCAAAGACAAAUGUUGAGAUGUCUUAAUAUUUGAAGAUUUUAUUAGUGAAUGUGAAUAGAGUUGGGUUUUGGGUUUUGGGUUUUGGUUACUAUGCCUUGUAAGACAAAUUUGGCUCUUUAAUAUUAGAAAGGUCUUAACAUGUUUAUGUUCA